AUGCUCACUAUGCAAGUAGCAUGCAAGAAGAAGUAUGAGAUAUGGAGUGCCGUGGGUGUACAGCCAGUGCGAUUUUCUCUGAACGAGUUUGAACACAUCACCGGGCUUAACUGCGAGUAUAAAGAAGCGCUGACGAAGCCAGAGACUGUUAACACAGACGAGAUGAAAGACUUCUGGCGGAAGCUUGGUGUGAAUGAGAAGCUUGGUCCGAGCGUUGACGAACUCUUAGCAGCGUGCCAGUGGGCCGGAGAGUGGAGCAGAGAGGAUAGGCUGAGACUUGGUUUUUUGGCCGUAUACGCUGGCUUCAUUGAUGCUCGCAAAAGUUCCACUCAUACACGAGUAGCACUGGCUAGUCAAGUUAUGGACUUGGAGAAGUUUGAAAACUAUCCCUGGGGGCGAGUAGCUUUCAAGACCCUCAUCAAGUCCAUAAAGAAAGCAGACGUGUCCAAGCCAUUCAGCCUCGAAGGCUUUGCUGAAGUCGUGCAAGUGUGGGCGUACUAUGCUAUGCCGAGGUUCGGAGAAGAAAACGGUGAUCCGAGGCCAAAUAAUCCUGAGCCACCGCUGCUAGCAUUCAAUGGAAUCAGAGGGAAGAGAUAUGUUAUCGGAACCAUGAAGAAGCAGGUGCUUUUCAAUCACAUGGUAAUGGUGGACAAGGCAGACGUGUACCCACGUUGGGACAAGGAAAUAGAUGACGAGAAGGUGGACAACAUCAUCAAGGCCUUACUUGGGGAAUUUGGUGGAGGAUGGGUCUGGAAACCAGCUGACUGGGUUAGAGAAGGGAUAUCGGUGGUUAAGAAGGUGAAGUCCGAGAAGUCUGUGAAGUCAGAGAAGUCUCAUGGCAAGAGGAGUCUCUCUGAUGAGGCUGAUGAUGAUGAAGCGAUAAGUGUCAAAAGAGCUCGGACUUAG